AUGGCAUUUGAGCCAGCUGAGAGCCGUAUAUUCGAAGAUGGUACAUCAAGCAUUUACAGUCGGUCACCUGAAAGCCCUAAGGGCGAUUUGCCAUCGGAGUUUAAGUCGAGGCCUCUACCGAGCAAGCACGACCUCCCGGAAAUAAAUUCCCUAGAUCAUCAGAUCGCCCUAGCUCGAGGCUCCACCAUUGCUUUGGAGACUACACGAACCCGUUUGCAGUGUUCCAAAACCGGAGGUCGACUGUCACUCCCAGAACGACGAGAAGAAAAACUUCGACAAUGGGAGCGACAGGAAAGCGAGAACCGAUUCUAUCGCUCCUGCUGUGACAUUUUCCACAACCUUAGUGCCGUGGCAAUUGAUGCAUCCCAAGACUUGACGCUGCAGUCUCACUUUGAACCAGAGGUGAAUCCGGUUGGCAAUGUACGUGUCCUGCAGGCGGUCCACAGGCUACGUUCAGCUUUGGAGCAAUCGCGGACCCUGGAGGCACAGGCUGAACAAGAGUGGAAGCAGCAUUGGAAUGUAUCACGAGUUUGGAAUAGAACCGCACGCUGGAUCUAA